ACAUCAACGGCCGUGACAGGUGUCGAGCAGCUAUUGACCAUUGGGAGCGAGCGGGAGGCGGGACUGCUGACUCGACGUGACGUCACAGCUUCGGUUAUGGCAAGUGACAGAGAGUGAGGAAGAGGAGGCGAAACUUUCCGAGCUCGGAGUUGUGCUCGCAGUUAUUCAUGUGUGACACGAAUCGAGCCUCGCUGUCGUCGGAGUGACAACUAAUCGCUGGUCGGAGUCGUGAGCGGGUGCUGGGUCGCUGUCGAAGUAAAAGUGAAUACGCCAGAAGUUUGUUCGACUUCGAGUAAAACAGCAGAGGAGACACUAUGACCAACAGAGAAGACGAAUAUGACUACCUCUUCAAAGUGGUGCUGAUUGGAGAUUCGGGCGUAGGGAAGAGUAACCUGCUGUCCCGCUUCACCCGAAAUGAGUUCAACCUGGAGAGCAAGAGCACCAUUGGUGUGGAGUUUGCCACACGUAGCAUCCAAGUAGAGGGAAAGACCGUAAAGGCUCAGAUUUGGGACACAGCUGGACAGGAGCGAUACCGGGCUAUCACUUCAGCGUACUACCGUGGAGCCGUCGGAGCUCUGUUGGUUUAUGACAUUGCCAAGCACCUGACGUACGAAAACGCAGAGCGCUGGCUGAAGGAGCUGCAGGACCACGCAGACAGUAACAUAGUUAUCAUGCUAGUGGGUAACAAGAGCGAUCUUCGCCACCUGAGAGCGGUGCCCACGGACGAGGCCAAGGCCUUUGCAGAGAAGCACGGCUUGUCUUUCCUGGAAACAUCAGCGUUAGACUCGUCUAAUGUGGAGCUGGCUUUCCAGACGAUCCUCACAGCCAUCUACAACAUCGUGUCACAGAGGCAGAUGUCAGGACGCAGCGACUCAGACUUCUCACCAGCCUCCAACGUAGUGCCCAUCACCGUUGAGCCCACCCAAAACUCAUCCAACAAGGGCGCUUGCUGCCAGUCUAACUGAGACUUUCCCGCUGACCUCCUCCUCCUUCACCUCCAAGCAACUGGGGGAAACAGCCAGAUAGGAAAGACAGGCAGAUGGACAGGGAAAAUGGAGACAGGUAGAGAGAGUCACACGAGGACACUUGGGUCUGAUUUGUCUGUUUGGGAAAACUUGAUACAGUGAAGAGGAGGGGAUGGUGAAUAAGUUUAAAUAAGCAAGCAGGACGUUUUCUGAGGGAGGAUUGGUGUCGAUGGAAAGAAAACGGGUGACUUGCACUGUUCAUUAAAGACGCACAUGAUCAGAAUUGAUUUGCAAUCUAAGAAAAAAAAUUUAUUAAGGUUCCUUUCGUGUCCUUCCUUUGAAAGCUCUAUUUUACAAGCUAGUAAAUGGUUCCUUUCAGUUUCACUCUAACGGGAUAUUGGGCUGUAAAAAUCCUCUUCCAAGAGACUGAAUUGCAACCACUGUCCUUCCCAUUUUCGCAAAAUGUAGAUUCUUCCGAAAAGAAUGUCCCCUUCUAAUAUUUAUUGAACACUAGAUUGAUGUCUUGUUUGGCCAAAGGGUUUAGUUGGUUUAUAGUUUUCACUCUGAUUUCUUCAUAGCAAGGGGAGCUCGCUCGUUUUAUAUAUGUUUUGUUUUUUUAAUGCUUUUGCCUACAAUCCUAUUUGUGUAUGUUUAAGGGUAAUGCUCCCUCACUGAUGUAGGGGCAAGGGGCUCAGGCCGUUUUUCCUAAGUGCACACGCUGGAAUUUGGUUGUGUUCCACCAGGCCUCUCAGAGCAAUAACAUCCCUUCCCAACACUGACAUGCAAUUUCUUUUUUGAUUGCUUUUGAUCUUUGUUUGGAAGGCUUUCCUGCUCUGUGCACACUUUGUACUCCACAGAUGAGUCAUGCUCCAAGCUUUGCUAAGCGUUAACUCUAAAUGAGAUGGGAUAGCUGCGUCGCUAGUGGACGGGUUAACUUCCUCACACAGCACUGGCUCUGCCCGUGACCAUUUCACCCCUGCCCUAAACCCGUGGAGAGGGAGAGAUCAAGGAAUUGGUUUUAAAUGCACGGACAGCCCUGUGCUACCGCUGCCUGCUAGCUAGGAUAGAUGGCUGGAUAAUAUUUCAGGGGAUGAGGUAGUGAGGGCACUCAGCCCUGCCCUGCUCCCUUGGUCUCUGAUGUACCCGAGAUGGCUUGUUUUACUGUAAAUGAAAUCCUCCACUGCCUGCUCACCUACUCCUUUCCAUCUCUCCCUGUACACUGUAUGUAACUGGAACAGGACUCUGCCUUCUGGGAUCUCCCCGAGGUCUGCCCUCACUUUCACUCGUCUUUAUUUCCUGUGGAAGGGUGGGGCGGGGGGUUGUAUCGGGAGUCAGGAUUGGGUUUGUUAGUAUCUAAUAGUUUAAUAGAUGAGAAAAGGGAGAAAGGACGGUAGCGUUUGGAGGGGCUUGAUUAAAUCCAAAGGUUAUGGACACAGAUGGUGUUUAUCCUGCUGAUGUGUUUCCACAUCAACACAGACUUCUGUUGAAUUCACAGGUCUUAAACUGGGUGGUGUUAGGUUAGGGCUUUUAAAACAUUUAUUCUAAUAUGUAUAUUUGGACUGCAUAUGUAUAAAUAAAUCUCAUUUCUUAUA